AGGGAAAGUUAGUUUGGUGCGCUCCCGUGAUCACCUCCCAUUCCCAACAAAAAAGUUAACUCCAUCAACACACUACACACACCUUUCACUUUCUUUUUAACCAUAUUCUAAUUAGAUGGUUUAUUUAAUUCAAUAUUAUUGUUCAUCUUUAGAACUAGGAAUAUUUGUUUUCUUCAUUCCUACGCACUUUGUGAUAACUUUAAAACAUCACAUAUGAAAUUUUCUGCUCAGCGUGUGUGUGUACUUAAAAAGACUUGGCAUAUUUAGACAUUGUGACAUUUUCAUAGAAAUCUGAAACAAUAUUAGAAUGUACAAGCACCACACACAUUCUGUGUUUGGGAAAGUAGUAAAGGACAAUAAUGAAAGAAUUCUGGAACCUCUGGUUGAUGCUGCCCGUGAGAUUUUGCCUUUUCAAAUCCUAUUCUAUGCUUCAUAUUUUCUCAAGUAGAAUAUUUGAGACAAGUAAUCAAAAUUUAUACACACACAAGGAGAAAUGCACGUCUGGUGGAUGUGUCAUCGAGCAAGACAUCACAGGCUUGACUGAGAAGAAUGACUCUUUGUCUCUAUUAUAAAAAUCCUAAAUUUCUUUUUAUUUACUACAUUUUAUCUCACUUGUGACGUAUUUUUGUCUUUUUAAAGUGCAGAAAGAUUCACCAAAAUGAGGAGGACGACGAAAUAUACUACCCUCCAGUUCAGUUGCAUGAUUUCGAAGACCACUGUUGGACAAUGGCAUCCUCAAUGUGACUCUGUCGACCCCCGAGGGCAUGAUCACUAAAAUAACCUAUAACGGUAUCCACAAUCUACUCGAACAAGAGUACAAUGAAAACAACAGAGGGUAUUGGGAUCUUGUUUGGAGCUCACCGGACCACCCUACAGACAUUUUUGACAAGCUUGAUGGAACAAAUCUUUUUGUUAUACGAGAAGACGAAGAUCAAGUGGAGGUCUCAUUCGUUAGGACAUGGGAUUCUUCACAAACAGGGCUUCUUCCACUCAAUAUUGACAAAAGGUUUAUAAUGUUGCGCGGUUGCCCCGGAUUCUACUCGUAUGCAAUAUUCGAGCGCCUCCAAGGCUGGCCCGAUCUUCACAUGUCUCAGGGGAGGAUAGUGUUUAAGCUCCAACAAAAUCUGUUUGAAUACAUGGCAAUAUCCGAUGACAGACAGAGGGUUAUGCCAACAAGCGAAGACCGCAACAGAAGCCAGGUUUUAGACUACCCGGAAGCAGUUCUUCUAACCAAUCCAACCAAUGCUUUCCUGAGAGGCGAGGUAGAUGACAAGUAUCAGUACUCGAGUGACAACAAGGACAGCCAGGUCCACGGCUGGAUAGCCGCGGACCCUCCAACGGGGUUCUGGAUCAUCACCCCGAGCAACGAGUUCAAGACAGCCGGACCCUUGAAGCAGGACCUCACUUCGCAUGCUGGUCCUAUCGCGCUCUCUAUGUUCUUCAGCACUCAUUAUGCUGGUGUGCCGUUGGUACUGGACUUCCGCGGUGGUGAGCCAUGGAAGAAGGUGUUCGGCCCCGUGUUUGUCUACUUGAACUCGGUCUCACCUGGGGAAGAUCCACUUGCAUUGUGGCCUGAUGCCAAAGAGCAGAUGAUGAUGGAAACGAAACAGUGGCCGUAUGAUUUCCCAAUGUCAGAGGACUUCCCUCCUGCUAAGCAGCGAGGCAGAGUGAGUGGCCGCUUACUAGUCCGCGACAGAUAUAUGAGCGAACGCCUUAUGACUGCUAGCUCCGCAUACAUUGGAGUAGCUCGUCCCGGUGAUCCUGGAUCGUGGCAGAGAGAAAACAAGGGGUAUCAGUUCUGGAGCCAGUGUGAUGCUCUGGGAUACUUCAGAAUCAAUAACAUUAGAGCAGGGAACUAUAGCCUUUAUGCUUGGCUGCCUGGAAUCAUCGGAGACUACAAAUACAACAUCCAGAUUAACAUCAAACCAGGAAGCAAGAUUAGGCUUAGGAAUGUUGUCUAUGAUCCUCCAAGGGACGGGCCUACACUGUGGGAAAUCGGGAUCCCUGACCGCUCUGCUGCUGAAUUCUACGUGCCUGAUCCAAACCCGACUCUCCUGAACCAGCUCUACACUGUCCAGCCCGACAAAUUUAGGCAGUAUGGUUUGUGGGAUCGUUACACGGAUCUGUACCCAGAUCAAGACUUGGUUUAUUCAGUUGAAUCAAGCAUUUAUCAGACAGAUUGGUACUUUGCUCAUGUGAAUAGAAACAUAGGAAACAAAACUUACGUCCCAACAACUUGGAGAAUUCUGUUCAACCUCACAGAUGUGGACACCUCUGCAAACUACACCCUACGGCUUGCACUGGCCUCGGCCAAUGAUGCUGAGCUGCAGGUGAGGAUCAACGGCGAAGAAGGAGAAGCUCCAUGCUUUACGACAGGGCUAAUUGGGAAGGACAACGCGAUUGCUAGACAUGGAAUCCACGGAUUAUACUGGCUGUAUAGUGUGUGUAUAGGAGGUUCUGUGCUUCAAUCUAGCACAAACAUUAUAUUGUUGACUCAAUCGAGAGGAUCUAGCCCUUGGAAAGGGAUCAUGUAUGAUUAUAUUCGUCUCGAGGGCCCAUCUUCUAAUACUCAGACAUGAAUAUACAGAUACAUUAGUUUAUUGUGUAGGAUGGUUAGGGUAGAACGACAAGCAGUUAUUUGUUUAUAAAAUCAUGCUCUUGUCUUCAC